UCCAUGGCGCAGCUCGGAGACGCGUACUACCAGUCUGUCUCCGCGCGCAUCAAGACCCAGGAGGCCAUGGCGUCCUUCCCGCUGGCACAGCGGCCGUUCCCGCGCCUGGAGCUCAGCGAGGGCGAGCGCCGGCGCUUCCACACGCAGGCCAUGGAGCUGCUGGGCCACGCGCUGAGCGAGUACGAGGAGUUCGCGCUCAUCCGCCACCGCCAGGUGGACCGCCGCCGCUGGAAGCCCCUCAAGAGCCACGAGAAGCUCGCCGUCUACCGCGAGUCGCGGUCCUACGCCUUGAGCCGCUCGCUGAGCGCCGAGGACGAGGAAUCGUUCGCGCGCGCGGCGGCGCUGGUGCCUCCGCGGGGCUCGCGCUCGAGCUCCAGCUCCGGCGGCUCGCGCUCGGGCUCCAUCUCGACGAUCCACGAGCUGCCGGCCCACCAGGUGACGGAGCUCGAGCUGCUCACGGGCUGGGGCCCCACGGCCACCGAGGCGCGCGAGCAGAAGAAGAGAGCCAAGAGCAAGUCCGUCAGCGGCAUCUCGGGCGGCCACGAGCCGCUGCCCGUGCUGCUCGGCGUCGGCAACAUCGUCGGCUCGCUGGACGACGUCAUGUACGGCGUGGCGGCGCCGGACUGCGCCAGCAUGGCGCUCAAGAACGGUUACUCACACGGAGACGUGCUGGACGGGGACGUGCUGUGCCCCAUCGAGGGGCCGUCGCAGCGCAGCCCCUUCCGCUUCCUCGGCAUCAAGUGGCUCGUCAAGUCCACGACGGGCGGCAGCGUCAAGCACCGCCUGGCCUCGCCCAGAGACCUCGUGUACCUGGAGGCCACGGGCGUCAUCACGCGCGGCGACGGCGUGCGCAUCGGAUACCAGAUCAUGCACUCGGUGAAGCUGCGCGGCUGUCCGGAGCUCUACGACUCGCAUGGUGUCGCUCGGGCGCGCUGCGAGAGCGUGCAUCUGUUUGUGGAGCUCGACAGCAGGACCGUGGACGUGUUCCUCAAGUCCAAUGUGACGCCCAACGGGAAAAUCUCCGAGUCCGCGGCGCUGCAGAGCUGCGCGAACAACUUGCUGUACUGCGGCAAGACCGUGCAGUGCUCGCAGGACAAGAAGCUGUCGUGGCGACUGGAAUGCCAGAGCGGCAACCAGCACGCGCACAAGGACGAGAACAAGGCCAAGCCCACGCAGUGCAGCAUCUGCAGUAAGACGUUCGGCCGGUUCCUCCGACAAAGCAUCGAGUGCAAGCUCUGCCUGAUGGCCGUCUGCUCCAAGUGCUGCGUGGAGCGCACGCUCAAGCACGUCGAGACUUCCGGCAGCAAGCGGCACACGAGCAAGUUCGUGACCACGACCAUCGUCGAGCUCUGCACGACCUGUAUCGCCACGAACCAGCAGACCAGCGCGCUGAUGAUUGCACGGGAAGAAGUCAUGUCCGGGCGCUUCGGACGCGUCGCCAAUGGCUCCGCGCUCCCGCCCAGUCAACGUGGCAGCGGCAACUCGGGUGAGUACUCGUCGUCGUCGAUUGCUACGAUCACCAUCGACGAUAUUCCAGGACAGCAAGAGCAUCACUCCCGUCCCCCACGACAGUCGGACGGCAGUUCUCGCAGGACUGAACGAACCCACCACAGGGAGGAGUCUUCAAGAAGAGGCCACCGUGACCAGCGCAGAGAUUAUUACCCUGAAGACCUUGAGACUAUUCGACGGAGAGGCCGUGCAUACCGUGAGUCGCCGCCUAUGAGCUCGAGGAAGCACGCGCAACGCGACAUGCCCAAGCCCAGGACCCGUUCGGAUGCACCCCAGCCAACCUUCAGGCGAGGAGAUUCGGACGAGAUGUACCGCGAUAACGUUCGGGGCGAGGACUAUCAUCGAGGCAGGGGCUACAGUGAUCGUUAUCCUCCCCGCGACCCCAUCCUGCGCAGUAGACACAAUCCCCUGUACAGCAGCUCGCCAGUGGAGCUUGACGACUCGGGACGAGGUUUGCCCGUGGACCUGUGCGACCUUGAGGAUUCCUCGCCGUACACUUCGAGUAAGGAGAGCAUCCGAAAGACGACGAGUUCCAGCGGCAGCAGCCUCGAAGGCAUUCACACAGCGGGUGUGUCACCGCUGCGGAUCGAGUCUGAAUCAGAGGAGGAGGAGGACGAAUUCGACGACGACGACGACGCUGCAUCGUGCGACACGUUCGACAGCUUUGGCGACCUCAUUGAGAUCCGCUCGCAGUUGGACGACGUGGAUGAGACGCUGGACACGAAGGACAUGGAGGCCGUGAAGCGCGCUUCUCAGGUCAACCGCAAGUUGUGGCAGCAAAUCGCCGACCUCCGAGACGCCGCAGAGAAUGUCUACCUGUACACCAAGGAAAGUACUGAGAUGAAUAUGACGCGGGGAGGCUCAAUCAAGCGGCGACCUUCGAACCCUGUUCGCCCUGGGUACUGA